UACCGCGCAGUAUCAGUGCUUGCAAGGUCAAUGACGUCUAUCAGAUUUUUCCCACGUGAUCCAUGUUUUAUCAUAGAUUAGUUGAUAAAUAUUUGUUGAAACGUUUAAAUGAUAUAACAAAGUAUGUAGUGUGUGUUAAAGUAUUAGCGUUUUGAUCGUUUGUUGAUUUACAUAUCAUAACCUCAAAAUAGUAGUGAGUUUUGUGUAUACGAAUAAAUGAAAAGUUUUUAUGAUUCACAAACUAUUUACAUGUAAAUAAUAUGGAGAAACGUAGUGAAGUGAGUUUAGAGGAUUUUCCUCCCAAUAUACAAAUAUCUUUAAAUGAAAUAGUGAAAAAGGAGGGAUACAUUAAAUAUGACGUAAAUGUAAACAACAUUUCCACAAACGGUAACAACUUUUUAGGCGAACUGUACGAGUUGAAAAUAACAGGCGAAUCGGUAAAUGGGUAUAAGGAAAUAAACAUAUUUCUGAAACAGAUUAUAAACAAUGAUGACUUCAAAGUAUAUUCCAUACGUGAUGUGUAUGCAAAAGAAGCAUUCUUUUACAAUGAGCUCGUUGACAUAUUUAGUGAUGUACAAAAUAAUAGCAAUGUUCCGAUUGAAGAAAGGUUAAAAGUGGUUCGUAGUUAUAAAGAAACAAGUCCAACUACGAUUAUAUUAGAAAAUAUGGUGAUGAAAGGCUACAAGCCUGGUAACAGAUUCGAUCUUUUAACUCGGGACUUUGCAGAGAUGUCAAUUAAAGAACUUGCGAAAUUCCACGCUUUAUCGUUUGUAUUACAAAAGAAACGACCCGAAUAUUUUGAUAAGAAAAUAAGAACGAUAAAACAAUCAUUUGUCUAUGACGAGUAUUGGGAUGAAUUAGUGAAGAAAAUGUGUGAAAUAUCUAUAUCUAAUCUCAGUGUAGAUAAGAAGGAGAGGGUUAGACAGUUUAUACCAGUUUCAUUGGCAAAAUACCCGUUAUAUAUGACUGGAGCGACGGCUUGUGUCAGAUGCUUGGUUCAUGGUGAUUUCAAAACGAAUAAUAUUAUGAGGAAAGAUGAGAACGGGAUAUUAACUGAAGUAAUACCAAUUGACUAUCAGCAAAUAUACUACGGAAAUCCAAUAAUAGACCUUAUAUACUUCAUCUAUGCUGCCAGCGACAGACCCUUCCGCAAAGCGAAUCUGCACCGUCUAAAGGACUUUUACUACGAGGCUUUAGGAACGUUUCUUAAACACUUCCAUAUAGAAGUGGAGUCUGUUUUUCCUAGAGCAAGUUUCGAAGACAGCUUCAACGAGAGUUUGGACUAUGGUCUCAUGUUUGCGUUAUAUAUGUAUCCAUUUUUAUUCGCGGGUGAAGACGAUUCGCCCAGCGGUAGUGAUGACUUGAGUGAUGUGUUGAUUACGGUUGAUGAUCGGUUAUAUGAGAGGAUGGAGGGGGUUGUCGAUGAUUUUAUAGAACUGGGAGUCAUUUAGUUGAGAUAUUUAUUGUUAAGUCAGUGUUUGUUUAUUUAUAUUAAUACUUUAUCUUAAUAUAUAUAAAUGUGGUGGCACGUUCAAUGACCGUGAUGGACUCCGAAACUACUCAACCGAUUUUAAUCAAAUCUACACUACUUGUGCAGUUUGAUCUAACUAUUACGUAUAGUUUUUAUUAUUUCAAUUACGAUAAAAGACAUCCCGGGCGGAGCCGGGGCGUGCAGAUAGUUGUAACAUAAAAUAUUAAGUCAAAAAACAGAAUACUGAAAACAAAUUAUGGCCAGUACUGUCAGACAACCUUUCAUGUUGUGGAAUUGAAAGGAAAGAAUUGUUUAAUAUAUUAAGUAUAGUAAUAUAUUAGGAAAGCAUUAAUCACGCACUAUUAUACUUUAAAAUAUUAACUAAGAUUAACAUUUUACCUAAAUAUCAUCAUUCCAUAUAUUUAUUCCAUGUUUGUUUGUCAAACUAAAUGAUGUAAUGUUAGAAUGAAAUAUCAUUCAUUUGAUAUAAUAAAAUAAUGAAAAAUUAA